AUGUCCAUAUGUGUCAGCAGACCGGCAAGUCUUCAGCAGCUGCAGCGUCGCUUCGAUCGGCUUCGACAGCUUCAGAACCGCCUUUGCCUCCCUGCUGCAGGCCACAUUGACGUCUGUGGUCGAAGGUACUGCUUGCCAUUGUCAGCCGAGCAUGCGCGGCCAUGCAAGCAAGUGCCGCCGCGCGUGCUUAAUUAUCUAGCUGGCUUCUUUGAUGGCGACGGGUGCGUCACCGUCUGCAGGUCCAGCAUCAGACUGCAGGUUUCACAGACAGAGUCCAACGGUGCAGUGCUAUUUCUGUUUCGAAACAUUUUUGGUGGAUCAAUCACGAGAGAGCACCAUGCCCGUGGCUUGCGCAGGCCUUCUGUUCAAUGGUUUGUCACUGGAGGAACUUGCCGGCAGGCGUCGGCCCUGCUGAGCACCGGCACAUCGUGCAAACGGUCACAGCUGGCUAUUGCAAGCUUGUGGCCUCAAGAACGUAGCUUGCGUGCUGAAGCUGCUGGCAGGCUGAAGCUUCUUAAGCAACAGGCACACGAAGAAGCAUCGUGCCCGUCUUGGCAAUACCUGGCAGGUUUUUUUGAUGCGGAAGGCUGCAUUACAGUGGGUCCUCGAGUAUGUGUGAGACUCGCCAUCAAGCAAAAAUUUCCGCCGGUUUUGCACGCCAUCCAAAGCUUCCUGGCCCACAACGGUAUUGGCUGCGAAGUUUAUGAGACGCAUGGCGAGCUGGUUGUAUCUGUGACCGAGGCUUCCAAGCGCCUCUUGGCCAAACUGCUACGUUCAGGUCUAAGGGUGAAGCGCGAAGCCGCAAGGUUGGCUUUGCAAACCUGCUCUGGGAAUCUCGUCAAGGUCCGAAGUGACCUUCACGAGAUGGUCGGGAAUCAAGGUCGCUACCGUCGUUUAAGCACUGACGGACUGGACAGAGGAAACGAGAUCAGGCGGAUUCAGGAUCGUUUGCGAUACCGGUACUUGAAGGGAAAGCACCAUUCUCAAUUAGAGUCGCAGCUGCUCGUGCUCCAAGAGGAUCACAAGUUGAAGUGCGCGCAGGAGCGGCUGCUGCAGAUUCGGUUUGACAUACGCUCCUUCAUAUCCCAGGGAGCUACGCAGCUAGUCUUCGCUAAGUAA